CCGGAUAUGAUAUAUUAUGGUGCCUGCUGCUUCUCUGCAGCCCUCCGCGUGACCCAACUUCAGCGUCUGCAAGCCAUGCAAAACCGGGCGAUCCGAUGCAUUGAUGGCAGCCCGCCAUGUUCCGCGAUGCAGCCCCUCCUGGCUGCCAACUCGAUUUACCGCGUCACUGAACUUUUUAAACAAAAGCUCCUGAUCUUCAUCUGGCGGUGUCUAAAUGACUCCACUAGCCUUGCUCUAGCCCAGCUUCUCAAACCAGCAGCAUGCAGCGGCAGAAGUACGCGCCAUCAGCAUGCCAAUGGUCUGCUCAGCGAGUCGCAGUCGGUGUGGCCAAACGAGAUUCGCCACCGCAGGAGCAUUGCUGUGGAACAGUUUGCCUAGAGAGCCUCUUCCUGGAAAAGGUGCGCUAACUCUCUGCUUCACCGCCUCCAAGAUUUGGAGUAGAAAGCAUGCAACAGACGCGGUUUGUACCACUGGUGUCUCUUAUCUGCAUUGCUACUGUAAUGUUCAUCUUCUGGACAUCACGAGUCCUCUCGAAAUGUUCGCAGCGCUCAACGCUCGUGAUGGUCAGAGAGCCAGGCAAAGUAAGGGAACAGCGCAUUGCCGCCAGGGAGACUGUGUCUGAUUCACUGGAAGAAUCGCAAUGCUUCUCAGUUUGGGAGCUUCUUAACUCAGAGUAUGAGCUGAUGCACAUUCCAUCUUUUUCCUAUGAUGAGAGUAUCUACAUAUUCAGUACAGCUAUGUCAGUUAGGGAGCAGAGCGUGUACAUUAUGCUUCCAAAUCCAGCAACAGAGGAGUGGCCAAUGAAACAUAAUUUCAAAAGUCAAUUUUCAUGCAGCUUUGGGCCUGUGUCUCAAGCAGGCAACUACACUCCAGCUCAAAUAGUGGAUGAAGUUGAUGGGCAUUACUAUGUGCUGAUUUGUAGGAUUCCGCAGCCUCUCUUGGAAUGCGUUAUCCAGCGAAGCGGUGUGCAUCAGGCAUCAGAAACAUACAUAGCAAUGUGCCUGAUCGUCAAUCUUCAUAUCUCAUCAAAUGUCUCAAGGAAAGAGCCACGCGUUCCACCACUGAUAGCCAGGUUUAAAGUCUGCCAGCCAAAACAGCACCGUCGGGAUUAUUUAGCACUUUGUGCACAGCCAGUAACAUCAAGGAUUUGGCCAAUCAUAGCACAGUGGCUAGAGUACAACCUAAUGGUCGGAGUGGAGCACUUCUACUUGUACAGUGCGACUGGCACACGGGAAGGUCUACAGCACGCCGUCAGGCCAUACUUUGACUCAAGUCAGGUAACCUUCAAGUCAUGGAUGGCACAGCAUUGGCCAGGGAGAAGAACAAUUUUCCGACAGAUUGUAGCUCAAUGCGACUGCUUGUACUCCUUGAAGGAUCAUGCCAAGUGGAUAUUGUUUGUGGACGUUGAUGAAUACGUACUACCAGCGCCUCAGUUCCGGGAUGUAAAGAGUUUCCUGCGCAACUUCACAAAGUUUGCAGCUAUUUCCAUGAAGUCUUUCAACUACCAAUACCCUCCACAACAUGAUGCCUUGCUAAUCAGCAGUACACGCACUGCUGUCAAUCCAGAUCCGAUCCGUUUCAAAUACUUCUGCCAGACAGCCAAAACAAAAGCUGUGACCGUCCAUCGCAUCAGUUUACCCAGAGAACGAAGUGCGACCAUGAUUGCACCGGAGGACCAACUCAGGGUGAAUCACUAUCGGCAUUUGCCUGCAAACAUAUUCACGGCCAAUGAUACUACAAUGCCGGAUAGAUCGCUCAAAGAACUUACGCAACGGAUUCAUACGCGCCGAAGCGGUGUGGGAUAGUGUGAGAUAGACCUAACCUUUGAGCUACGGAGCAAGCUACUAACAUUACACACUGGUGGAUGCACCCCUACAGAUUUAUAAUAGUCUACUCUCCGCUAGUGAUCUGCUACGGCUAGUAUGGCAGGCCAGCAUACUUGAAGAAAAACCGAUAUAACCCCUAUUACAGGGUGUCCCCCCCCCCCCCACACACACCCUCAAUCUUUUAUUAGUGAAUUAUUACAUUAGGCCAUGUAAAUAUCUUUUUUUUUCGUCAGAUUUCCCCGAGAAUCGGAGUGGACAGGAGAUUUGUUUGCAUGUACGGCUGGAAUAGGUGUUUGCAACCCCAGACAUGUCCUUUCCUCACUUUACUAUUAUUUUUCGAAUCCAUUAUAUAUUUGGGCGCAGAAUGAGAUGAGUUCUAUUCAUGUGAUAACUAAAACCUCAGUUAGGAUUAAAAAAAGAAAAUCUGGCAGCUGAUCUAUUCACUUUUUCAACCCCUAGCGCCUAUGGCUCAAUCUCUGGACUUGGCCUUCGAAAUUCUGCAGCUACAUGUAUAUGUACAUGUACGGUACCUAUAUGCUGUGAGUAGAGGCUGCACCUACAGUACUUGACAAUUUGACAUGACUGUACCGGUACUAAAAAUUAUAAUUUGGCCGGGAGCAGAGAGUAGGUUUUUGGUAUUUUCCUACUCCCUGGCUAGCCGGGAGUAGCGGUGAGCGGAUCAUUCUCGGAACAUUUUUGGGAAUACUAGCGUGGACAAAUUCUCAUUCGCAGUGAGACCCCGCGACCCAUUUUCUGUCCCCGGGGAAAAUUGCGAUUCCGCGGCCGCGUUUUUUUCCGCGUUUUUUGCGAUUUUUAAAAGACCGCGUUUUCCGCGAUUUUCCCUCGUUUUUUGAACUUUUUUGUUGCACUACACGUACACACAGUGCACUGUUCGGUCAGCAACGUGUCAUCGUGGCGGCUUUUUACUCAAAUAUGACGAGUGCUUACACCAGAGACUUGUAACUGAUUGAUUUCACUACAUACUCACUGAAAAUUGCCGCACAUCAAUGUUAUUCACCGCAUAUUUACCGCAUAUUUACCGAAAACUCACCGCAAAUUAUGCCAUAUUAUGCCGCGUUUUUCCCCGCGUUUUUUGCGAUUUUUUUUCGCAAUUUUCCCCGGGGACAGCCCAUUUUGAUGAUAACUUUAGUUUUCCUUGAGAAAUGUUGGCAAACUUGGGCUUUUUAGAAAGCUUGAGGCAUGAGGAGUUCUCUAGUAGAAGCAGUUUCUAGCCUUCACUUGUAAGAGGAAUAACUAUCCAUCUCCAAUUCCAUUAUUUUAUUUUUUGAAGAGAAGUUGAGCUCAUCGACAUGUGGACUACUUUUAGUCUUAAAAUUGUACUUUCAUGAUAACAAAUGUA